GGAUUUAUUUCAUCUCAUACUUCUUGCACAUGCGCUGUACUUCUACCUCGUGCAAAACUAUUCCUCUUCAAGAGCACUUGGUACUAUAGUAUGGUCAUUCAAACUGCAAAUUGUCGUUGGCGCUCUAGUCGUGUUUUCAGUUCAUGCUCUUUAUUGUCAUCGUAUCUGGGUCUUGAGUAGGGGAAAAUACCAGUUUCUUCCUGCGGUAGUGAUUGUUAUAUCUAUUGUCUGUUUCGGCCUUACCUGCUUGCUUUGCUAUUAUAUGUGAGCUUUUCGCGCCCAAGCGAAUAAUAAUAGGAUGUGAUCGUCGUUCGCAGAUACUAUCUUCAUGGGUGGUCAUAUACGCGCGAUAAUGAGUGGAUGAUAUAUGUCGCGUGUGGCUCCUUAAUCGUCGCUGAUGUCAUAAUUACGGCUUCCAUGUGCUAUCUCCUAGCCAAUGCCCGAACUGGAUUUGAAAGCACGAACUCCAAGAUUAUCAGCCUAAUCUCUUAUACUGUGAGCACAGGGAUUGUAACAAGCUUGUGUUCCAUCGCGACUAUAGCAUCUUGGGCUGCAAAUGAUCAGAGCUUCGUCGGUGUGGCCAUGGAAUUCAUACUGGUUAAACUAUAUAUCAACUCGUUCAUGACCAUGAUGAAUGCUCGUUACUACCAAGGUGACAAUGCCCCUGCAUGUCCAGCUCCUGCUGGUAUCAGGACUAAAAGCACUCGCAUGGAAUGCAAACACCAAAUUAACUUUGGUCGCAAGGUCGAAUAUUUGAACAACGUGUCAAAAGAGGAUGAUAAAUCUGUAGACCUGCCGGAUCACGUCAAUAGUCCCAAGCGUUUAACGGUCUCGAUUGAAUCAAGCGCGGAUCAAUUGACAUUCGAACAACUAGAAGUUUAGAACUCCUCCCUUUCAUUAUAGAUGGCAGACAUGGUAGAAAAGUUGAUUAUCUCGAUACGUGAAGUGGUAUCUUUGAUCAUG